GCGAGAAGCGUUGAGGGCGCCGGGGAGGCAGGGUUGGCGCGGCUGCGGCCAGUUACAUCGAUUCCAGUCCGCCCGCCUCCGCGGCCACCCGGGGGACCCCGCAAUGUUCGGGAUGCUGAGCAGCAGCUUUGAGGAGGACCCCUUCUUCUCUGAUUCCUUUAUGGCACACCGUGAAAGUAUGCGACAGAUGAUGAGAAGUUUUUCUGAACCUUUUGGAAGAGACUUGUUCAGCAUCUCCGAUGGUAGAGAAAGAGCUCGUGACCGUAGAGGACAUGAUGAUGGUGAAAAUUCCUUCAGCUGUACAGAUGUCAGCCCUUUUCAGGCGAUGGACCGAAUGAUGUUAAAUAUGCGAAACAGUAUGCAGGAAAUGCAAAGAAACUUUGGUCAGCUUUCAGUGGAUCCAAACGGACAUUCAUUUUGUUCUUCCUCAGUUAUGACCUAUUCCAAAGUAGGAGAUGAACCACCAAAGGUUUUCCAGGCCUCCACUCAGACUCGUAGGGCUCCAGGAGGAAUAAAGGAAACCAGGAGAACUUUGAGAGAUUCUGACAGUGGGUUAGAGAAAAUGGCUGUUGGUCAUCAUAUCCGUGAUCGAGCUCAUGUCAUUAAAAAGUCAAAGAACAAGAAGACUGGUGAUGAGGAGGUCAAUCAGGAGUUCAUCAACAUGAGUGAAAGUGAUGCUCACGCGUUUGAUGACGAGUGGCAAAAUGAGGUUUUGAAGCACAAACCAGGCGGAAGAUGGCAUCAUCUAGAAAACGCCAGGAUGCCAGGUGCUGGUCCCGAGAAUUCAGGGUCCCGAGAACUUAAAAGAAGAAACCUCGCCAAAGUCCAGCCAUUGAGAGUGGAAAAAGAUCAAACGCCUUUGUGGACAAACUCAACAUCAAAGGAUCAUCUGUCAAAAUCGGCAAAAAAUAAAUCACCAUGCAUUUCAUUUGUUUAGUUUUGGUUGUUUUCACAGAAAAAGUAAUGGUGCUGGGUAAUAUAUGUUAGACCAACCUCUUAUUUUUAAAUCAGUAAUGUAUUUUGCAAUUUUCUUCAGAUAUCUGAAUGUUCUUGGAAGUGCUAUCUUUGUAUUUCCUCCACUUUAGGAAUAAGUCAUUGAUUUUCAACAAUGUGAAUAAAUGUUCAAACUUUCUGUAAAACUUUAAUUUUAAAGCUCAGAUGCUGAUUUUGCUUUCUCAAUUAUUUUCCUACGGCUGUGUAUCUUUUAAACUUCUUAAGAUUGAAUGAUGGAGCUAGUUUUAUCAUCUAUAAUUACAGUUGUACGGAAAAUGUUAAAAGUAGUUUUACUUUUCACUGACAAACAUUAUACCAGAGUGAUGUUAAUAAAAUUCUGAAUAAUUUAUCUCAAAAUUUAUACUGUGUUAUGUAUCCAGUUAGCUUACAGCUUUAAAAAAGUUAUACUAUUACAAUUUUUUUUAAUUAGGUAUUAUUUUGAUAGACAUAAUAAAAAGUGUAAAGCACUGAGCGUAGAUGCUAGAGGAAUAAAAAUAUAAAGACGUGGUUCCCACCAUCAUCACCUAGCAGUGUUUCUCUGAGAAAGACACUCUUGGCAUUUAGAGUGGCAGGUUCUUCAUUUAAGAGAGCCCCUCGAGUUGCAGGGUAUGUAUAGCAUCUCUGGCUCUCAUUGGACUAUAUACCAGUAGCCUUCCUGGUCGUCACAACAAGAGCUACAACGAACAAGGACAAAGUGGGGGGGAUGGGGAUGUAUUGCUGCCUAGUUGCGAACCUGCAGAAAAGACCUGGCAGUUCACUCUGGUAAAGAUGACAGCCUAGGAAACCCUAUGGGGCGAUUGAUUCUGUCCUACAGGGUCACUGAGUUGGAAUCGACUCAGAGGCCCACAACAACAGUGGAGAACCAAACACAGAUAGGCAAGAGUGGAGAACCAAACACAGUAUAGACUGAAUAUAAAUUACAACAUUGUUGUUUUAAAAUGCUAUCCUAGCAUCUUGUCAAUAGAGGAGAGCCUUAGUUGGCUGCAGAGAGGAAGCAGAAGGGAGUUAGCUGCAUUAUGCUAUAUAUGAUGUAUACACCUACUGUGUGCUGUGUAUGACCUAUACACCUACUGUGUGCUAUGUAUGACGCGUACAUCUACUGUAUGCUCUGUGUGACAUAUACAUCUCCUGUAUGCUCUGUGUGACAUAUACAUCUCCUGUAUGCUCUGUGUGACAUAUACAUCUCCUGUAUGCUGUGUAUGACGUGUACACAUCUACUAUGUGCUGUAUAUGACGUGUACAUCUACUGUACACUGUUUGACGUG